AUGGGUGGAGGCAAGUUAAGAAAGGCAAUUGGAGCAGUCAAGGAUCAGACGAGCAUAAGCCUUGCUAAAGUAGGAAGUAGUGCUUCUUUGUCUGAUCUUGAUGUAGCCAUUGUUAAAUCCACCAGGCAUGAAGAAUUCCCUGCGGAUGAGAGAUACAUCAGGGAAAUAAUGAGCCUGACUUGCUAUUCUCGAGCCUUCGUGGGGGCUUGCGUUAGUACAAUCUCCCGGCGCCUUAGCAAGACGAAAAAUUGGGUGGUCGCGCUCAAGUCGUUGAUGUUGAUUCAACGGCUGCUCGCGGAGGGUGAUCCGGCUUACGAGCAAGAGAUAUUUUUCGCGACAAGGCGGGGGACUCGCCUUCUCAACAUGUCUGAUUUUCGUGACACUUCUAGGUCGGAUUCUUGGGAUUACUCUGCAUUCGUAAGAACUUACGCGUUGUACCUUGACGAGCAUCUCGAGUUUAGGAUGCAAGCCAGGAGAGGGAAGCGCAGCGCAUUUUCGUAUGAUCAAGAAGAAGAAGAAGUUGGUCAUAAUGCAAUUGUUGUAAGGACUACACCUGUGAGAGAAAUGAAAAAUGAACAUAUUUUUUCCAGGGUUCAUCAUCUAAUGCAAAUUCUAGAGCGAUUUUUAGCAUGUCGUCCUACAGGUAACGCGAGGAACAAUAGGAUCGUGAUUGUCGCCAUGUAUCCAAUUGUGAAAGAAAGUUUCCAAUUAUACUACGAUAUCACUGAGAUUUUGGGCAUUUUGAUCGACCGAUUUAUGGAGCUUGAUAUUCCUGAUUCUGUGAAAGUUUUUGAGAUAUUCACUCGUGUUUCGAAACAGUAUGACGAGCUCGAUGCACUGUAUGCUUGGUGUAAGACUGUUGGAAUUUGCCGGGCCGCUGAUUUCCCUGAUGUUGAGAAGAUUCCACAGAAGAAACUAGAUGUUAUGGACGAGUUUAUCAGAGAGAAAUCAGUAAUGGCACAUAACAGGAAGGCCAAGAUGAUUGAACCUACGCCGGAGCCUCAACCGGUGAAGCAGGAAGCCGAGGAGGAGGCUGAACCAGAAGAGGAUAUGAAUGCCAUCAAAGCAUUACCACCUCCAGAAGGAUUUCAAGAGGAAACUCCUGAAGAGAAACAGGAAGAGGAAAAAGAUGACGAUAAAGCCAAGCCAAAAACACAAGACAUCGGGGAUCUAUUGAAUUUGGGUGAAGAUGCACCAACAACGGAAGAACAAGGAGAUAAAUUGGCGUUGGCUUUGUUUGAUGGUAAUCUAUCAACAAGCGCUCCAGAAGCAACAGGUACUUCGGCAUGGGAAGCCUUCAAUGACUCGGAAGAUUGGGAAUCGGCACUCGUACAAUCUGCCAGCCAUUUGUCUAACCAGCAGGUAGCUCUUCCAGGUGGUUUCAACACUAUGAUGCUUGAUGGGAUGUAUCAACAAGGCACGAUCCAACAAGCAGUUGCUUCAUCAGGUGUCACAGCUACAGGAAGCGCUAGCAGUGUCGCCCUAGGAUCUGCUGGAAGGCCGGCAAUGCUAGCACUUCCUGCACCGCCAAGUGCAGAUGGAGCAACUCCAUCUGGUGCCGAUCCCUUUGCAGCCUCUCUUUCAGUAGCUCCACCACCUUACGUACAGAUGUCGGAGAUGGAGAAGAAACAAAGACUGCUAGUAGAAGAGCAGAUAAUGUGGCAGAAAUAUACAAGUGGUGGGAUGCAAGGCCAAGUUGGGUUAGCAAAGGCACAGACAUAUUCUUAUCCGCAAAACACAGGAGGUUACCAGGGUAACCUUUGA